AUGACUGAUGAUGAUAGUAUGAUGUCUGGACACUGGAAUGCUUCAGAUAACUACCAGCUGAACCCAGCUAGCAUCAUCGUGCCCAUCGUGUUCUCCUUCAUCUUCCUACUCGGGACAGUAGGCAACAGCCUGGUGCUCGCUGUGCUGUUCAGAAAUGGCCAAAUGGGACAUAACACAACCAACUUAUUCAUCCUCAACCUGAGCGUGGCCGAUUUUUUCUUCAUCAUAUUUUGCGUGCCGUUUCAAGCCACGAUCUACACUCUGGAAGGUUGGGUUUUCGGGUCAUUCAUGUGCAAGGCCGUCCAUUUCUUCAUUUACCUGGCGAUGUAUGCUAGCAGCUUCACAUUGGCCGCUGUUUCAGUCGACAGGUACCUGGCAAUUCGAUAUCCUCUCCGAUCCAGGGAGCUCCGCACUCCCUGCAAUGCUGUUACCGUCAUGGCGGUCAUCUGGGGACUUUCCAUUGUCUGUGCUGGGCCUUACCUGAGCUACUAUGACCUUAUCCCCUACGAGUGGUUCUAUAUCUGCAUGCCUGCAUGGGAGGAGCCCAAGAGAAAAAUCAUGGACACCUCCACUUUCAUAUUUGGAUAUAUAGUCCCAGUGGCGGUUAUAAGCCUGAGUUAUGCCAGGACCAUCAAGUAUCUCUGGACAGCGGUGGACCCAAUAGAAGACAUAUCGGAAUCCCGGAAAUCCAAGAGAAAGGUGACCAAGAUGAUUAUCAUCGUGACUGUGUUGUUCUGCCUCUGCUGGCUCCCUCACCACGUGCUCAUCCUGUGCUUCCACUACGGCCACUUCCCCUUCAAUCAGGCCACCUAUGCCCUCAGACUCCUGUCUCACUGCAUGGCCUACACCAACUCCUGUCUCAACCCCAUCGUCUAUGCCCUGGUCUCCAAACACUUCCGCAAAGGCUUCAAGAAGGUCUUCAGCUGCCUGCUGAGCAAGAAGGCAAUGAACAAGGUCCACGUGGUCCACAUCGUAAACAUGGUGACUGGCUCCACAGAGGUCACCCACCUGAAUGAGGAAGAGGGGACGCAGCGGGGCUGUGAGCUUACUACCAGGCAGGCCUUGAAAGAGCCAGCUUCAGCAAUGAUGAUCACAGUGCCAUACCAGGAGACAUCCUGA